AGGGGAGUGAGGGGGGGAGUCAGCUGACUACCCUGUGACUGUCAGGGAGCCCGGAAGAGGCAGCUGGCUGCCGGUGGGGUUGCUGCUGCUGCUCUAGACCACCCUACACCGUCAUGUUUGGGCCAGAUGAGGAAGAUGCUGACUUUUUGUCCCCUACUGGAGGGGCGAAGCUGGCCUCUCUGUUCGGGAUGGACCAGAGCGUCUCUGCGCAGGGGAACGAGUCCUUCCAGUACACGGCGCCAAAGCAGCCGAAGAAGGGCGCGGUGCCAGCGGGUACAAAAACCCCCAAAGCGCCCGGAGCCGGCGCUGCGCCAUCCGUCCUCUACGCUACAGCGGUCCACGCCUAUAAAUAUGUGACUGGACAGUACGUGAAGCAGGGCAAGUUUGGGGCAGCAGUUCUGGGUAAUCACACUACUAAGGAGUACAGAAUCCUGCUCUACAUCAGCCAGCAGCAGCCGGUCACCACAGUCAGGAUACAUCCGGGAUUUGUCUUCACAGUCCAGCUGAAUAACUAUGCGGCUUUCUAUGAUGACCAGAGGCAGAGUUGGUCUAUUAUGUUCGAGUCUGAGACGAGCGCCGUGGAAUUCAGUAAACAGGUCUGCCUCGCCAAGUCUAACAGCGCCACAUCCAUAGAGGCCGUGGUCUCCCAGGAUCUUCUCCCCGGAGAUGGACAAGCAGCAGAAGUAGGAGACUUAAUGGAAGUGGCCUACACGGGCUGGUUACUCCAGAACCACGGAAUCGGACAGAUGUUCGACUCCAACGUUCAGAAGGACAAAUUGCUGCGUCUGAAGCUGGGCUCCGGAAAAGUGAUAAAGGCCUGGGAGGAUGGCAUGCUAGGGAUGAAGAAAGGGGGCAAACGGCUUCUGGUGAUCCCUCCCGCACUCGGAUAUAGUUCUCAGGGCCUGACCGGCAGAAUUCCCGCCAACGCCACCCUGGUCUUCGAGGUGGAAGUGAAGCGGAUGAAGCAGAAGGAGCAGGGAGGUGACCGGCAGAGCAUCGGUUCCCGCGAUUCCCCAGUGUCCAUUACAGACAGUAUUCCUGCUGAGAGUCUUCCCCAGCCGCCGACAUCGGUGCCGCCAAAACCCGGGGAUCCGGAUGUUCGUGCCAAGUCCAACUCCAUCAGCGAGCAGCUGGCAAAUCCAGACCUGGCGAAGGCAAAGCUCAUCUCCCGUAUGGCAAGAAUGGGUCAGCCCAUGUUACCCUUCCUGGCAGGAAGUUCCCCCCCGCAGCCGGACUCCAGUGACUCAGAAAUGGAGGACCCCCACACUCAGAGAAUUUCGCCACAUCCCGCAGCGCCGCUCCCUUUCCGGCCGACCCCACAGAUGAGCUACCCUCCUCAUAUAGCAGCUCCAGCCCCUCAGCAUCAGCCGGUGCCGGGUCUCCCCGCCUCAUCUGCCGCCUUGUUACCCGUGGGGCACCUUCCUUCUCAGGCCGCUCCCGGCUUCCAGCCAUAUACCGGAAUCCAAUAUACGUACCAGCAUAACCCUGCAUCCCAGCUGCAGCCGGUGGGCCCCGUCUACCCUGCACCCGUUCAGCAGCCUGCUACUUACCAAGGCGAUGUCACUUCUUUCCUGAUGACGGAGGCGCGGCAGCAGAGCACCGAGAUCCGGAUGGCCAUCGGCAAAGUCAUUGAUAAAAUAGACAACCUGGCCUCUAAGGUGGACAAUAUGCAUAAGGAGAAUUCAGCUGGAGCCUCACACCUGCUGCCCGGAAUAUCCUCCAUCACCAUGGAAAGCGCCAUGAUCAUGAAUAAUAUCCAACGUAUCAUCCAGGAAAAUGAACGUUUGAAGCAGGAAGUUCUGGAUAAGAGCAGCCGGAUAGAGGAGCAAAACGUGAAGAUCGGGGAACUUAUAAACCGCAACCAGAGGUACGUUGAACAGAGUAAUAUGUUAAUGGAACAAAGGAACGACUCUCUGAAUACUUCAACUGAGAGCACACAAGCUAAGAUGCUCCAUGCCAUGCAAGAAAAGGUCAAAGUAGCAGAAGAUCUCGCCUCCGCCACCGGCCAGCUAUCCCGGCUCCAGCUGGAGGUUGCAGCCUACCAGAAGAAGGAGAUGGAUCUGCGGACGCAGCUCGCCGCCUCCUUGCAAGAAGCCGAGAAGUGUCGCGUGGAGCUCAGCUCAUUGCAGGCACAGCUGAUAGAGAUGAAAGAGACGUCGGAACAGACCAAAAACCGAGCCAAGACUGAGAAGGACAGCCGCCGGAGCCUGGAGCUGAGGCUGACCGCCUUAGAAGAAGAGAUCUCAGACUUGAAGAUAGAAAGGAACAAUCUUGACAAGAGCCUGUCGGAGAGAAAGAAGAAGUCUCUGCAGGAGCGGCAGCGGGCGGACGAGGAACAGGAGGAGCUGCGACGAACCUUCCAAGAAGAGAUGGAGAACCUGAGGAGGCAGCUGAAGAAAAGCCGCGAGCAGGCAACUGCUGAACAGCUGUCGUCCUCAUCCUCCCGGGAGCUCGAGGAGCAGGUGAUGGAGCUGCAGGACCAGGUCGCCCAGUUACAGCCCCUGAGAGACAAGUGCGCCCAGUUACAGAAUCGGAUAACCUCCCUGAACGAGCAGCUCGGAGAGGUCCGCGCACGAGAAAGCGAUCUGCUGGCUGCGAAAGAGCGAGCGGAGGAGAAAUUAUCCCGGCUACAGGAGGGCGCGGCGCAGCUGGAGCCGCUGAGACUGCAGUGCUCACAGCUCCAGGCUCAGGUUGCCUCGUUAACGCAGCAGCUUGGAGACGCCCACGUGCUUAAAGAUGAAGGGCGUCCGAUCGGCGAUCCUGCCGAGGAGGUGAAGAAGAUCAUGAACGGAGUCUUCCAGUCCCUCAGGAAGGAGUUUGACUUGGAGGAAUCGUACACCGGCCGGGCGGUGCUGGGGACCAUCAUGAGCACCAUAAAGGCGACCACGCUGCAAUUGCUCAAAAAAACUCAGGAUGAGCAACCUGCAGGGAGUAGCAGUGAGGAGGAAGAGGAGGAUGGUGAGGAGGAGGAGGAGGAUGAAGGCGCGGCACACCCUGAGCCACAUGCUCCAGCUGGACAAACUGAGGAGCCUUCUAAGACUGGACAGACUGAGGAGCCUUCUAAGACUGGACAGACUGAGGAGCCUUCUAAGACUGGACAGACUGAGGAGCCUUCUAAGACUGGACAGACUGAGGAGCCUUCUAAGACUGGACAGACUGAGGAGCCUUCUAAGACUGGACAGACUGAGGAGCCUUCUAAGACUGGACAGACUGAGGAGCCUUCUAAGACUGGACAGACUGAGGAGCCUUCUAAGACUGGACAGACUGAGGAGCCUUCUAAGACUGGACAGACUGAGGAGCCUUCUAAGACUGGACAGACUGAGGAGCCUUCUAAGACUGGACAGACUGAGGAGCCUUCUAAGACUGGACAGACUGAGGAGCCUUCUAAGAGUAAAGAAUCAAUGGUCAAUGGGUACCCAAACCAAGAAGCCUCCACAGCGGUGGAGGAGCACCAGGAAGAAGAGGUGGUGAAGGUGAUCGAGGAGGACCUGGACACCCCGUCGGCUCUCGUACACAUGGUCUCCAGUGAUCUGCCAGAGUCCAGUAUUGUGACCCAUGUGGAGGAGGUCACCGGAGAAUCUCUACAGUCCAGGAAAACUAUCAGUAAUGAUACUGGUGAGGACCUGAAGGAAGAAUCUGAAGAACCUAAAGCUGCCUUAUCUGAGAGCAAGGACUCGGAGGACGAGAAACUGGAAGAUCCACCUCCGUUUGGAAGUGAUGAGGAAAGUAGCAGCCCCCUGCCUCCAAAGGAAAAGCUCCCAGCCCUGCGCUCUAUGGGGAGCCCUGAGACAAAGGGGAAGGACUACAUCGGUGAGAAGACGGCUAAUGUCAGUCUGGCCGACUCUGAUGGAGAAGACUUGUUUGAAGCUGCGUCUCCUGCCACCAAAGUGAAACAGCAGGAAGAAGAAGAGGAGGAAGUGAGCAUGAAGGGACAUCCUCCCCCGGCUCCUCUCUUUGGAGACGACGAUGAAGAAGACGACCUGGACUGGUUGGGGUAAUCUGUGAUCUCCAGGUCUUAAAGGUGAACCUCAUAAAUGAACUGCACAGCAACAUCCUAAGCACACGAGAGCGCCAGCCCCCGAAAACUGGAGGAACCAUGAACUGUCACAAAAGCCACGUCUGCCCCAGAGGUCAGCGCCAAGGGAUCCUCGUCUGAUUGUCUAUGUCCUGGUAUAAUGUGAUUGACUCCAGACUGGUAUCUACACUUGAUGUAAUCCGACGUCAGCGCCUUCAGGUAGAGCACCCAGAAUGCACUGCAGGAAGGGGCUCGUGACCCAGAAUGCACUGCAGGAAGGGGCUCGUGACCCAGAAUGCACUGCAGGAAGGGGCUCGUGACCCAGAAUGCACUGCAGGAAGGGGCUCGUGACCCAGAAUGCACUGCAGGAAGGGGCUCGUGACCCAGAAUGCACUGCAGGAAGGGGCUCGUGACCCAGAAUGCACUGCAGGAAGGGGCUCGUGACCCAGAAUGCACUGCAGGAAGGGGCUCGUGACCCAGAAUGCACUGCAGGAAGGAGCUUAUCACCCAGAAUGCACUGCAGGAAGGAGCUUAUCACCCAGAAUGCACUGCAGGAAAGUGCACGUGACCCAAAAUGCAUUGCAGCAAGGAGCUCGUGACCCAGAAUGCAUUGCAGGAAGGUGCACGUGACCCAGAAUGCAUUGCAGGAAGGUGCACGUGACCCAGAAUGCACUGCAGGAAGGUGCACGUGACCCAGAAUGCACUGCAGGAAGGUGCACGUGACCCAGAAUGCACUGCAGGAAGGUGCACGUGACCCAGAAUGCACUGCAGGAAGGUGCACGUGACCCAGAAUGCACUGCAGGAAGGUGCACGUGACCCAGAAUGCACUGCAGGAAGGUGCACGUGACCCAGAAUGCACUGCAGGAAGGUGCACGUGACCCAGAAUGCACUGCAGGAGUGAGUUUAUUAACCAGAAUGCUUUGCCGGAAGGAGCUCGUGACCCAGAAUCCAGUGCGGGAGGUAGUGUGGGUUCAGUUACCUCUGCAGGGUGUGACGAGGAGCUCUGCAUCUCCGUGUCUUAUGUUACUAACCAGAUGCAGAUUUUGAAGCCGCUCGUUCCCUUGUAUGUUUUUAUACUCUGUAGCACAUUAUACUUCAAUAAAACAAGUUCGGCAGUGUCGGA